UUUUUUUUUUUUUUUUUUUUUUUUCUCGGUGGUCUCUUCGGCAGCGGCUGUUCUUCCCCAGCAGCGGCAGCAGCAGCAAAAGCACAGGCAAUGACUCUGCCGCAUACGAAUCGCCUGGCCGGUGCUGCCGGCUCUGGAGACAUCACCUUGCUCUGAAGUUGCCCACCUGGAGGAGGUAAAUCGGAGCGGGGCUUUGGUCCAGAGGGGUCGGCGACGACGGGGGAGAGAAGGGAGCGAUCGCCUCCCCCAUCUCCACACACCCUCCGUCCUCCGAUAGGAAGCCUGUGUAGCAGAAGACACGGCAGAAAAGGAGAGACUUUUUCUUCUUCCUUUUUUUUUUUUUCCUUUUUUUUUCUUUUUUUUUUUUUUUUUUUUUUCUCCUUCCUUGAGGGACGUUCCUUGCUUCUCAUCCCCCCCUUUUCCUCCUGGCUGGGGGCUUUGGUACUGUGGCCAGGUUUGCUUCCUACCCCCACCCCUGGUUUUAAUGGCUGGAUUGUGGCAGCAGCUCCCUGCUGCAGGUUGUUGAGGAACUGAUGGAGACUUGCAUCUCAGGAGCUGGAGGUGACUAAAGAAAUGCUGAUUUCAGUACUCUGCAAAAAAUAGCAUGUGGAUUUUUAGCACCUGAAGAACAAGAAAAGGUCUCAGACUCUGGAUACUGCCUGUGGGAUUUUUUUAUUUUUUUUGGGGAUUGUUUUCUUCUUUUUUUUUUUUUUUUUUUCCUUUUUGGAUGUGAAUUGAAGGCCAACAGUUGAAGUGUUGGAAGCAAGUGCAGGAGGACAUUCACCUUGUUUUAUUUGAACCUUUGUGUGCUGGGAUACUUUCAAGCCCUCCAUCACAGUCAUGUGGUCAUCACAGCUGCUGUUCUUCACAAUGCUCUUCAUGCCGUUAGCCCAUGCCUGGAUUUCUUUUAAAACAGCUUUCAGCCGUGCCCCGGUCCCCAUGGCUGUGGUCCGAAGGGAGCUGUCCUGCGAGAGUUACCCUAUAGAGCUUCGCUGCCCGGGAACAGAUGUUAUCAUGAUCGAAAGUGCCAACUAUGGGAGGACUGAUGAUAAAAUCUGUGACUCUGAUCCUGCUCAGAUGGAGAAUAUCCGCUGUUAUCUGCCAGAUGCCUAUAAGAUUAUGACUCAAAGAUGCAGUAAUCGGACCCAAUGUGCAGUUGUCGCUGGCCCUGAUGUGUUUCCAGACCCUUGCCCUGGGACAUACAAGUACCUGGAAGUGCAGUACGAAUGUGUUCCUUACAAAGUGGAACAAAAAGUCUUUCUUUGCCCUGGACUGCUGAAAGGAGUGUACCAGAGCGAACACUUAUUUGAAUCUGACCACCAAUCUGGUGCCUGGUGCAAGGACCCUCUGCAGGCGUCUGACAAGAUCUACUACAUGCCCUGGACGCCAUACCGGACAGACACACUGACGGAGUACUCCUCCAAGGAUGACUUCAUUGCUGGGAGGCCAACCACUACCUACAAACUCCCUCACCGGGUGGAUGGCACAGGGUUCGUGGUGUAUGAUGGGGCUUUGUUCUUCAACAAGGAACGAACCAGGAACAUAGUCAAGUUUGACUUGCGGACAAGGAUAAAAAGCGGGGAGGCUAUCAUAGCUAAUGCAAAUUAUCAUGACACCUCUCCCUACCGCUGGGGAGGCAAGUCUGAUAUAGACUUGGCUGUGGAUGAGAACGGGCUGUGGGUAAUCUAUGCAACAGAACAAAAUAAUGGCAAAAUAGUCAUUAGCCAGUUAAACCCUUACACGUUAAGGAUUGAAGGGACGUGGGAUACUGCCUAUGACAAGAGGUCAGCUUCUAACGCCUUCAUGAUCUGUGGGAUUUUGUAUGUGGUGAAGUCUGUAUAUGAAGAUGACGACAAUGAAGCCACAGGGAAUAAAAUAGACUACAUAUAUAACACUGACCAAAGCAAGGAUAGCAUGGUGGAUGUACCUUUUCCAAACUCCUACCAGUAUAUUGCUGCUGUGGAUUAUAAUCCCCGGGACAACCUCCUUUAUGUAUGGAACAACUAUCACGUUGUAAAAUAUUCCUUGGAUUUUGGCCCUCUGGACAGCAGAGCAGGACAGGCUCACCAUGGGCAGGUCUCCUACAUUGCCCCACCUAUCCACCUCGAUUCGGAUCUGGAGAGACCGCCAUCCAAGGGAGUGUCUACAUCGGGGGCUCUAAGCCCAGGGAGCACCACAGUCAGCACUACAGCACGGAUGGUCACCAGCAGCAGCAGCCGCCCCACCACCACCUCAGCCUCGGGCAGGAGGAACAGGAGCACCAGCAUGCCAUCUCCUAUGGCUGACGUCCCCGAUGAAAUGACCACACACCUCCCACCUGCCUCCUCCCAGCUGCCGCCGGCCGGCGCAGAGAGCUGCGACCCCAUGGAAGCCCGCGAUAUUAUGUGGUCUCGAACUCGGCAGGGCCAGGUGGCAAAGCAGCCAUGUCCUGUGGGCUCGAUAGGUGUUGCAACGUUCCGGUGUCUUGCACCAGAUGGGAUCUGGGAGCCCCAAGGACCUGAUCUCAGCAACUGUUCUUCUCCAUGGAUCAACCACAUCACUCAGAAGAUGAAGUCGGGGGAGAUGGCUGCCAACAUUGCCCGGGAGCUUGCAGAGCACACAAAAAACCACUUGUAUGCUGGUGACAUCGCGUACUCUGUGUCUGCCAUGGUCCAGCUGGUGAACUUGCUUGACGUGCAGCUCCGAAACCUGACUCCGGGUGGGAAGGACAGUGCUGCACGCAGCUUAAAUAAGCUUCAGAAAAGGGAGCGCUCUUGCAGGGCCUAUGUCCAGGCCAUGGUGGAGACAGUGAACAACCUCCUGCAGCCACAGGCUCUGAAUGCCUGGAGGGACCUGAAUGCAAGCGAACAGCAGCGCGCAGCCACCAAGUUACUUGACACUGUGGAGGACAGUGCCUUUGUGCUGGCUGAUAACCUGCUGAAGACAGACAUCGUCCGGGAAAACACUGACAACAUCCAGCUGGAAGUUGCAAGACUAAGCACAGAUGGGAAUCUGGAAGAUCUGAAGUUUCCCCAGAACAUGGGCCACGGGAGUGCCAUUCAGCUGUCAGCAAAUACCUUGAAACAAAAUGGUCGAAACGGUGAAAUCAGGGUAGCUUUUGUGCUGUACAAUAACCUGGGCACUUAUCUCUCCACGGAGAAUGCCAGCAUGAAGUUGGGGAUAGAAGCAAUGUCGACUAAUCACUCCGUCAUUGUCAACUCCCCUGUCAUCACGGCAGCAAUAAACAAAGAGUUCAGCAAUAAGGUUUACCUAGCUGAUCCCGUGGUGUUUACUGUCAAGCACAUCAAGCAGUCAGAAGAAAAUUUCAAUCCAAACUGUUCAUUCUGGAGCUAUACAAAGCGUACAAUGACAGGGUAUUGGUCCACCCAGGGGUGUCGCCUCCUGACAACUAACAAGACACACACCACAUGCUCCUGCAAUCACCUAACCAACUUUGCGGUCCUGAUGGCACACGUGGAAGUUAAGCACAGCGAUGCAGUCCAUGACCUGCUCCUGGACUUCAUCACAUGGGUUGGCAUCCUGCUCUCACUGGUCUGCCUCCUGAUCUGCAUCUUCACCUUCUGCUUCUUCCGUGGGCUGCAGAGUGACCGCAACACAAUUCACAAAAACUUGUGCAUCAGCCUCUUUGUGGCAGAGCUCCUCUUCCUUAUCGGCAUUAACCGGACUGACCAACCGAUUGCCUGUGCCGUCUUUGCUGCCCUCCUGCACUUCUUCUUCCUGGCAGCUUUCACGUGGAUGUUCCUGGAGGGGGUGCAGCUCUACAUCAUGCUCGUGGAGGUUUUUGAGAGUGAACACUCCCGGAGGAAGUAUUUCUAUUUGGUCGGCUAUGGCAUGCCUGCACUGAUUGUGGCUGUAUCAGCAGCGGUGGACUACCGGAGCUAUGGCACGGACAAAGUAUGUUGGCUCCGACUUGACACCUACUUCAUUUGGAGCUUUAUAGGACCGGCGACCUUGAUAAUUAUGCUUAAUGUCAUCUUCCUUGGGAUUGCUCUCUAUAAAAUGUUUCAUCACACUGCCAUACUGAAACCCGAAUCUGGAUGUCUUGACAAUAUCAACUAUGAGGAUAACAGACCCUUCAUCAAGUCCUGGGUUAUAGGUGCCAUAGCCCUACUCUGCCUAUUAGGACUGACCUGGGCGUUUGGACUUAUGUAUAUUAAUGAAAGCACAGUCAUCAUGGCGUAUCUCUUCACCAUAUUCAAUUCUCUGCAGGGAAUGUUUAUAUUCAUUUUCCAUUGUGUCCUCCAGAAAAAGGUACGUAAAGAGUAUGGAAAAUGCCUGCGUACACAUUGCUGUAGUGGGAAAAGUACAGAGAGCUCUAUCGGCUCAGGAAAGACCUCGGGGUCACGGACACCUGGAAGAUAUUCCACAGGCUCACAGAGCCGGAUUCGUAGGAUGUGGAAUGACACAGUUCGAAAGCAGUCCGAGUCUUCCUUUAUUACUGGAGAUAUAAACAGUUCGGCUUCACUCAACAGAGGAGCCAUGGCUAAUCAUCUUAUAACCAAUGCUCUGCUUCGUCCUCAUGGCACUAACAACCCUUAUAAUACAUUGCUCGGGGAAACGGCGGUCUAUAACAACCCUUCUGUCAGCAUGUACAACGCACAAGAAAGCGGAAGAACGCCCAAGCAGGAGCCAGUCUUCAGGCGAGUCACCAUGGAAGACAGUGUCAUCUAGAGAUGAUACAUGACGAGCCUGCCCUAGCAAGCCCGUGCCAGUGCACCUCCUCAGCUCCUCUGUGCCUCAGUUUACCCAUCCCUCAUUGGGAUCGCGUAAUGAGAGAGACCGGAAAAACUAGCCUCAACCAGAACCCUCAGCAAACCUUCACAUCCCCGAGGAGAAGACAGCCCGGCUGGGAUUCCCACUGCCCCAUGCAUGGCAGCACCCUGGGAAGUGCCCUCACUGCUUGGUCACUCGCUUUUUUGUUAAGAUGAGCAGAACAGGCAAAAAAUGUCUUUUGUAAUAAGAAAUUGGUUUCAUCUACUCCAAACAUCGGCUUUGCAACUUGAAAACAUUUAAAUAUGGCUGAGCAUGCUCAACCCCCCAUCCUGAGCCCCUCUCCGUGUUCACAAUCUGGGCUGUAUAAAGGCAACCCUGACGGAUCCAGGUCCCUGUUGUAAAUACAAACCUGUCUGUGUGGAGAGGUAAUGAGGGAAGGAAAAGGGACAAAAAAGUAGUCCUUACAGCAGAAGAAGCUGAACUUGCCGGCAGAGCACUGUCGAGCGAAGCUGUCGCUUUUAAGUAGGGACUGGCACACACGUCCAGCAGUGGCUCUUCUUGGCAAAAGCUUCUGGGGGGCAAGCUGUUCAGAUUUUAUUGUCUUGUGUAAAUAGAGAUAUUUUUUUGAAAAAAUGAGCCUUAGUAUCUUGAAGAUAGCGUUUCUCAAUCAAUCAGCUCAGCUGGGAUGGAUAUAUGGGAAACCAUAGCAUCUGCAUAGUGGAGGCUGUCAUGGUGUCUUGGAGCUAAGCUGUGCCUCCACGGCUGGUGCAGGAAGCACCUGAAAGACGACAGACACAUCCAACAGAGGACUCAGCAGAUGUUUCUCCUUCGUUCCUGUAAACAGGGUAGACUUGCUGGGCCCAUGAUCUCCACUGGUGUAAAUACUCAGCUGCAGCCCACAGUGGACAUGAGCCACUUGGUGCAGGUGUGGGGGAAGUGGGAUGGGCAGAAAUCACCAGAGGGAUGCAAACCCCAUCGGUGUGGGUCCCCUCAGGAUUUUAGCAUUAACUAAAAAAAAAAAAAAAAAGGAAAGAAAAAGAAAGAAGAAGAAACUCUGAAGACUUGUUAAUGGCGUUGGGCCAACUGUUCGGCUGGAUAAAUCUGUCACGUCAGCCUGUAUAUGCAGUUCUCCUUGCAUAUGUGCAAAUGCGUGUGCAAGAUCAUGCCCUGCUUGGGUGGCUGCCAGCCAGCACAGGUGCCUGUGUCUGUGUACCUGUGCCCAUGAGAGAAGAAGAGAGGGUAUGGAUGUGUAUGUUUUAUAUGCCUAGACACAUUUGAGAAGUCAUAAAUAACACUGCCAGGUCCAGCUUUAUUAGCGUGAGUGCAGAGUAGUGUCUGCAUCUCUCUGGGGAGCAAGGCAGGCCAGGCUGGGAAGGCAGUGUUAGAUGAGCAAAAGCUGAUAAAUCUCUGCUCCACAUUGAGUCAUCAUCCACUGUCCCACGCCAUGACACAACAGUGGGCAUCUGCAAAUGCUCCCAGCAGAGCAGGGGCAUGCUCAGGCACGAGUGUUUGCAGGAUGCAGGUAGCUGCAGCCUGGUACCUAGUGAAAGCAGGGGAGGAGCUCUGGGGUUUCUCCUUCAUCCUUCACAACUCAAAGCUUACUUAUGCCUUAUUUACUCUUGAGUCUGACCAUGUGGAUUCAUGCAGCAGAGGGAAAUUAGGGGGUGUGUGUGGAAAAAAAAGUAGAAAAAAACACUUAGGAAAAAAAAGGAUAUUUUUGAAAAUAACCCAUAAUAAUUUUCUCUAGACAUAAAAGUCUCUCUUCAGCCUGGCAUUUUGCAAGGAAGCAGGGCUAAAAUGGAAGUGUCCCCUCCCCAUUAAAAAGCUAAAUAGCACAAACCAACUAUUGCACAUACCUAAUAUAAUACUGUGCCCUGUACCUUUGCAAGGAAAGGCCAGUGGGCGAUUAACAGAAAUUGAAAGCUGCCUCAAAGCACCGAGGGGUUUGCGCAUCGAGUGGUAAUUCACUUGCAGUGGUUCGAGGUGAGGUGCAGGGAUGGUCUUUUCCUCUUGUGUACUUGAAUAUCUCCUCUGUCAUCCAGCUUUGUGGGGCUGCUGCUACCAUUAACACCUAACAAUUGCCAUUGCCAAGCGAUCCAUUUAUUUAGCAAAGCAUUUAUUUAUUUAUCAAACUGGUGCUCAGGAGACACGGUGCUUUCAUCUGCCACAUGUGGAUACCUCUUCCUUUGCCCAUUUCUUCAGGCUUGUAUGGUGUCCCCAGGCAAGGUGGCCAUCCUCUUGGGGAGAGUUAGAUUUCUGCCCAGUACAGGCUGCCAGCCUUUUUUUCCAGGGAGAAAAAUAAUGAAAAAUAUGAACAACCUUCCCCAUCUUUGUGCCAGAAAUGUUCCUAAAAUCAGACAGUAUAUUAAGCAAAAUAAAUACCUCCAAAAAGUUUGAAAACUCACAAUCUUUCACAGUCUCAAGGGGACCAACCUUAUGGUUUCUAGAGCCCCAAAGAGCAGAGCUAAGUCAAGUCCUGAGCCUGAGGAUGCUGGACCAUGGGGAGGUCUGGGGAGCUGCAUGGGACGAAAAGGGAGGCUGCAAUUGCAGGAAGCAGAAAUUCCCUGGUUUUCAUUAGAUCACAGAAAAGCAGAAAUCCCCUGGGUUGUGUUGUUUGUUUAUUUUUCAUUAGAGGGUCACUAUUAGUUUCUCUUCCUGGACAAUCCCAUCAUCCCACACCUUAAACCCUUGCCAUUAUGACUAGAAUAAUUAUUCUUGGAGGCAUUUACGACAACCUUCAAUGUCUCUCUCUCUCCUCAGUGCCAGAGAGGCUGACACCCGGUAACUAAUGGUGAUGGCUGUAAAGAUGAGACAGACUGACCCCAAGUCGUAAUAAAAAUGAUGAAUCCUGUCCACUGCCUCAGUAUCUAUAGCACACAGGUUACAUGCAGAGGUCUACCAGUAAGGAGGGGGAGGCAGAUAGUCACGGAAGAGUGGGUCUGGCAGGUGCCGGGUUAAAAAACCCACCCGGUUGCUGUGUUCCCCAUCGGUUCCUAGAUUUAAUCCAGCCCUGAGUCAAUAGUAAUUGACGUUUCACCUGCUUUCCAUAUCUUCACUGGACUUCCUUACUUCUCAGGCAUGGAACAAAUCUUAAUACAAUGUAAUUACUGUACUCCUGGUGAUGAACCGGUAUGAAAAGCUAUCACGGAGAGCAUUAAUAAAAUGUACAUUAUGAAAAA